AUGGGACAGUACGUGAUAGAUCCCAAGGGCCCGGCCAUCUUCGGUCGCGACAUGCUACAGAAGCACUUUAUGAUCAACCCGAAAUAUCGACCACUCAAUCACGGCUCCUUCGGCACAUUCCCUAUCGAAGUACGUGAUGCGCAGCGGUUGUUCCAGGAUGAGCAAGAAUCGCGACCGGAUGUUUUCUUUAUCAUAUCACAUGCCCAAAAUAUCACCGAGUCUCGCAAAGCGAUCUCAGAAUUAGUCCAGGCCCCUCUCGACGAAUGCGUGUUUGUGAAGAAUGCCUCGACCGGAAUUAAUACCGUUCUCCGGAACCUGGAUUUUAAACAGGGCGAUGCUAUCGUAUACUUCGCGACGGUGUAUAAUGCGGUGGAACAGACAUUAGAGUCGUUGAUGGAAACAACUCCCCUACAGACUCGUAGAGUCGACUAUACUUUUCCGAUUACACACGACGAAAUUGUGAAGAGGUUCUUGAAUGUGGUGAGGCGGACAAAGAGUGAAGGUUUGAAUGUGCGGGCGGCGAUAUUCGACACGAUUGUAUCCGUACCGGGAGUCAGAUUUCCUUUUGAGAAACUUAUCAAGGCUUGCAAAGAAGAGUCUGUUCUGAGUGUCAUUGAUGGAGCACAUGGUGUUGGCCAGAUUCCGUUGGACCUGGGUGAUCUUAGUCCGGACUUUUUCGUCAGCAACUGUCACAAAUGGCUAUACACACCGCGGGGGUGUGCUUUGCUCUACGUCCCUAAACGCAACCAGCAUCUACUUCGAACGUCCUUUCCCACGUCUCAUGGUUACACAUCACCCGCUGACAGAGGCCGUGGAACACAUGCGGGAAAGACCGAUUUUGAAAUGCUGUUCGAAUUUGUUGCUACCGUGGACGAUACUCCGUACAUGUGUGUUCCCGCGGCUCUUGACUUUCGAAAACGAAUAUGUGGGGGCGAGGAUGCUAUAUAUAAAUAUCUACACACUAUUGCUCAAGAGGGCGGAGAUGUCGUCGCUCAGAUAGUAGGUACAGACGUCAUGCAAGAACCCGGUCUCUCCAAUCCCUUUCAAGAAAGUGACAUUCGAAGAUGCGCCAUGGUCAAUGUGCGAAUGCCGCUUGCCUUCAAAGACGACAAAGAAGUGAAUCCGCAUGUACCCGAUCCAUCAUCGUCUCCGUUUUCCUUGCUCAGCAUGAAGGAUGCAAAGCCGGUGUGUGAAUGGAUGCAGAGCAGACUUAUCAUGGAGUACGAUACUUUUGCAAAGUUCUACCCACAUGGAGGGUGGUUGUGGCUACGGCUCAGUGGGCAGAUUUACCUUGAGAUUGAGGAUUUCGAGUGGAUUGGGAAUAUCGCACGCAUCCUCUGUGAACGAGUUGGCUCAGGGGAGUGGCUGCAAAAGUCGAGAAUUUAG